AUGCCCUCUAUCAAAUGUUCAUCAUGUGGACAGGAGAUCGAAAUCUCCAUGAUGGGCGACCACGUCUGCGCUGGACCUGGAGGUGGAAGAGCGUACACGACAAGAUUGGUGCUAUACCGCCCGUCGAUACCGCCAUUGCGACCUGCUGACCCUCAUUGGACAGAUCGGAGUUAUUCGCGCCAACCACGAACGCCCAUGAGCCUCUCGAGCGGCUCCAGGAGCGUGUCGCCAAGAACACCUGGUGCACGGCCCAGUAUAGGCAGGGCCGAUGACUACUUCGCGCCCACGAUCGCCGUCAACGAUGAACCCGGCUUGCCACAGUCGCGACCUGGAGCUUAUGGCGGCUUCGGCGACAUGGAACCAGAGCCUGCCUACCCGGUGACGAGCCCGAAGAAGCAAGGCCUCAAUCUACUAACAAGAAUAGACAGCAUCUCCGCAGGGCCCUACGCACAGGACAUAGACUCACCACCGCCCGUGUCCGGCAUGAGAGGGCCCCCUCCGCGGCAGCAGGCCGACAACGAUGGCUACAGCACAUCUGCGUCAAGCAACGGGAUGGCAGCCAAUGCUCCACCAAGAAUGCCCAGAAACAAUGGGUAUGGUGGGUUUGGGCCCCCGCCGACGACCAGGAGGGACGAUCAGCCAGAUUCAUUUGCCGCCCUCAAUCGUUCAGAAACAUUCCCCAACAGACCGGUGGAGAGGCUGGAGAGGCUAGAGCAGCCACUGCGCGCCCCUUCAGCUCCGGGGCCCAGGCCAGACAGACUUCGUGACACGUCGCGGCCACCACCGCCGCGGACAAGCCUGGUGCGAUCACCGAUCAAGAACCCCAGCAUCAACCUGGAGGCAGAGUUUGGAAUGAAUAACCCCUACCACUCGCCAUCAGCAUCGAUCGCGUCGUCCAUAUCCCGCGGCUCAAGUCAGGGCAGCCAGCCGAGUUCGAGCACAAGUCCUCCCCGGUCUGCAACAUCCCCUCGGAAGCCAUCCCAGGGCGGAUCGUCCUUCGACACCCUGAUCAGUGAUGUCCAGUCGUCAAUGGACGAGCUGGCACCGAAGGAGCUCCCGCCGAUGCCGGAGCUGCGAGCACCAUCAAGUCCCGAGACGCGGUCAUCACCGAAGUCACGAGGGAACUGCAAGGCGUGUGGCUUGGCCAUCACUGGGAAGUCCGUGUCGAGUGCUGAUGGGAGGCUGACAGGCCGUUACCACAAGGCCUGCUUCGUCUGCACCAGCUGCAGUGCACCCUUCCAGACGGCAGAGUUCUAUGUGCACGGCGACAGGCCCUUUUGCAAGCUUCACUACCACAAGGAGAACGGCAGCCUUUGCGGAACUUGCGCGGACGGCAUCGAAGGACAGUACCUGGAGGACGAGGGCUACACCAAGUACCACGUGAACUGCUUCCGCUGCGGCGACUGCCAGAGGGUCCUCAGCGACGGGUACUUCGAGGUCGGGGGCAGGGCGUAUUGUGAGAAGGACGCGUGGCGGCGACUGCAGGCCGCACGGCGGACCCCGUCAAUGAGCUCGAUGAGCUCCCAGCGAAGCUACGGCAGUUCGCCCCUAGCGCCCCCAGGACGACCAGGAAUGAGACCUCCACCCGGUGCCGGUCUCCCAUCAAGACCAAUGGGUUCUGGUAACGGCAGGAUGGGUCAGUCCUUACCGAGAGGGCUUGGAGGACCUGGAAUGGGACUGACCCCGCCGAUGCCAAAAAUGGAGAAGCGGAGGACGCGACUAGGCAUGAUGUAA